AUGGAUGAUCCUCUGCUACUCACGUAUGACCUGGAGUUGGCAAAACGUUAUCUGACAACAACACUUGAACCAGCAUAUAACUGCGAAGUCAACGUCGAGGAAUGUCUGGUCAAUUUUGAAAUCCCUGCCGGAAUGAAGAUGAAAGAGCUUCAUGAAUGCGACAUUGGGAUUCCCUGGUGUGGCAUUCUAAUCAACAAGGUUACAUUAGUAGUAAAGUAUAUUGCAUUAAUUUUUUAUUUUAGAUGGAUCCUCCUCAAGACCAGCGACUUCGAUUCUUCUGCCUCGCUGUUACGCACGGUACGGUUGCAGUUCAUUAUUAAGAGUAAAAUUGUUCGAAAUUUUGCUGUGCGUGAACCUAUGUAAUACAAAUUAGCUCUAACAAUGUAGUAAGGCAAGCAUGUGAUUUUGCAAAUGAGGUGCCUGAGUCGACAUCUUCCACAAGCCAUGCCCUCUGAAGACCAUUUUGGUACACGAGUUUUUCAUUUCACAUAAUUUCGACAUUUGAAAUAUUUUACGAACGCUUGAUCCUUGCUUUUCUCGUUCAUAGACACCCACACAGAGGACGUCGACCGACCCAACUGCAUCCCCCAAUAGAAUUCGGCUGUUAGAGAUAGAACUUGUAUAUGUAUUCUAACUAGAAGGAGAUUGCGUUUAAUUAAUAUGCAAGAUGCUUGAAAGAAAGGCUAAAUUGAAUUCGAUAUAAACAUCAAAGCUAUUUCAUUAAUUUUUCAUUUUAGAUGGAUUCUCCUUAAGGCUAGCGAUUUUGAUUCUUCUGCCUCGCUGUUACGCACAGUGCGGUUGCAGUUCAGCGAUGGAACGAUUUACCUUCAUUCUCUCGACAACAAUGAGGAUGUGACGCGCCUCCGGGGUCAUCUUCAUGAAGAGUACUGCCAGAUGACCCCUGGUUCUCGGUGCAUUGGGUACGUCACUAAACGUUUAGGAUACCAGAACAUUCCAACAAUCAACAAUUAUUAGUAUCUUAGAGAACAGGUAAUAUUGUUUAAUUAAAUUCUUGUUGGAAAUUCUUGCCAAUAGUUAACACGAUGUGACAUUAUGCUAAAACAAGACAAAUAUAUACAUAUGGGCAUAAAUAUGUAAUACAAAUUAGCCUAUGUAAUACAAAUUAGCUAUGUAUAGCAAGGUUAUUAUUAUGGCAAGCUGGUGAUUUUGCAAAACCUUGAUCUUGCUGUAUCACACCUCGGUUUGAUAUAUUCCAAAUACUGGCCUUGCUCUUAAUAUUAAGUUUUUAUUGCAAUUAGGAACAUAGUGUACCAUCCUUGCUGGUGUAAAAUGUUGUUAUUCUUAUAGCUGCACGCGUUGAAAACAAUGCAUCCCUCCCUGAGGAAGCCUUUAGAGUUUUUCAUGGGAAACGUUUGAGGCAGAUAUGGGUAUUUGACUAUGUUUUUGGCCGCACCGUUGGGAAUUUGAGAAUGGGUUUUGCCCACACAAUUGGAAAUUUGACCAUAUUUUUCUUGAAAAGUCAAAUUCCAGGGGGGGGGGUGGAUCGCAGUUGGAAUUGACUUGUACGUUAAGUCGAUGUUUUAAAACAAAGCUGUUUUUCCUUGCAAAAUUGAUCAAUGAUAAUAAUGCACAUUGAAAUGUAAGAUUGUAGAUAAAUUUCAUAAAAACAUGAUGAUGUGGUCAUAUUUUUAAUUUUAUGAAGUAAUUUUUUGCUAUACUCUUCUUUAAUUUUAUAUCAAGACUAUUCCAGAUAUCAAUUCCUUUAUUGGAUGCUCUUCUUGAGAGAUUUCCAGAACAAGCUUGUCUUUAUUAACUCUAGUUACAAAUGGUUAUCUAAUUCUUUCAUUUUAAAUGUGUCCUCCUGAAAGUCAGCGACUUUAACACCCAAAAGUCGUUGAUGGACGCGUUGUUGAAGCAGCUCCCUGAUUCAGCAGCGAUACAUGUUUUUGGAGAUGUAAAAGCCCAAGACUCAAAACAUUUACGGGAUUUUCUAUGGGGCGAGUACACCCAAAGAUGUGAACGAUUGCCCGAUCAACAGUGGAUUGGGUACAUCAUGGAGAACAUGGGAUACCAAUCGAUUCCAACAAGCGCCAACUAUUGGUAUCUCGGAAAAGGGGUAAAAUAUCAGAUUAAUUUGUUGGCCAAUUACAGCAACUUUCACUAUUAAUAAUAAAACAUAUCUCGGUAAAAUAUUGUUCAAUUACUACUGCUGUAUAGUUGAUUUAAUUUGUGCCUAAUUUUUAUAGCUUCACAUUGAAAGCAACACAGUCCAAGACAACGACGCGAUAUACAAGUGUUUGAGGGGGGGUGAUUUGUCCGAGUUCGCCACAACUAUCAGGGAUGGACUUGCGACAGUCCCUCUAUUUCUGAAAAUGGCUAUAGUCAG